UAUAGUGUGUGUGACAUGGCUACGAAUAAUACAGAAGAAAUUGAGGAAGUAGAGAGGAAGGAACAGGAGGUAGUAAAUUUCGACGAAUUUCCACCAGAGGUUUUAAUUAAACAUCCACUCCAACAUACAUGGACACUUUGGUACUAUGAACCAGAUAGAACCAAGUCAUGGGAAGAAAGUCAAAGAAAAAUUACAAGUUUUGAUACAGCUGAAGAUUUCUGGAGCUUAUAUAAUCAUAUAAAGCCUGCAUCAGAAUUACGACAAGGAUGUGACUAUAGCAUGUUUAAACAAGGGAUCAGACCUAUGUGGGAAGACGAUGCUAAUAAAUGUGGUGGAAGAUGGCUUAUAAACUUAGAUAAGAAACAAAGAAGUAUAGAUUUGGAUCACUAUUGGUUAGAAACACUUUUAUGUCUGAUCGGUGAAGCAUUUAAUGGAUAUUCUGAUGAUAUUUGUGGAGCUGUUGUGAAUGUGAGGCCAAAAGGAGAUAAAAUUGGCGUAUGGACUACAAAUGCUAAUAAUGAAGAUAGUGUUAUGGAAUUGGUGUAAAUUAUAAUAUUUAUAUAUAUAUUUGCAUUCAAAAUGGUUGUUGAUGUGACAUUUUCAUUAUUUAAUUAACUUUUUUUUAUAGGCGUAAACUGAGAGAAAGAUUUAAAAAUUGCAUCAAAAGUUAUGAUAGUAUAUCAAAUACAUAAAGAUGUUAUGGUUAAAGCAGGAAGUCCAAACAACAAUGCAUAUACUCUCUAAAUGCUAUUUUAAGUCACUCUUAAUUAAAUUGAUCAAGUACCAUUAAACAUACAUUAAUAAAUAGGAUAUUAUAUAAAAUUUGGAAUACUACAUCAAAAUUAAGUGAAGAUAUAACAGAACUUUUUGAAAGAUCACAUUUUCAUUGUAGUUAAUAUUUUUCUUAAUGAAAUCAUUAAAAAACUGAAUAAUGUAUGAAAACAAAUUUAUACUACAACGGUUUUUAAAAUUUAUAUUAAUGUAAUAAUAAAUAAUUUAAAAUUAGAGUAUAAAAGGUACGCACAGGCUGCUGUAUUUAUAACAAGAUAAAUCAAGUAUACAAAUAAUUACUGAUGUAAAAAAUUUCCAUUAAACUGCUUUCCCUAUAA